AUACGAUCGGCGGGGGGACCUCGUAUAAAUACUGGAGUUCUACAAUUUCCGGCAUUCAAUGUGAUCGCGACAGUUGCCUGGCAUGGAUCACAAGGUGACUUUUCUUGGCGUCGGACUGCAGCUGCUGCUGUUGGCCAGCUUGGGCAAUGGCAUUGACUGGACGGUCACCGAUGUGGUUGGCUCCAUUGCCAAUGUCGGCAGCAGCAUCAUCGAUCCCAAGCUGCUGCCCACACCCGAUUCGCUGCUCCAGAACAGCAAGAAUCUGCUGGUCGGUCUGCCCUUUGAGUACGUCUCCUCUUCCAUCAAUUACCUAUGUUCCCAGGCUCUUAGUUCGAAUAAAAUCAAAUCCAAAUUCACACCGGAUAUUAACAAAAUGAAUUUCCAACUGCGCAACGCUUGUCAGCGAAGCACUCAUCCACUUCUCGAGGCGGAAAAGAUGUGGCACAGUCCAGAGUUUGAUCGCAAUAAGAAGGUUGUCAUUCUGGCCACCGGCUGGACAACUCGAGUCAACGAUACGGAAACAAUCGAUGGCUUUGCCCGUGCUUACAAUUGUCGCGGCGAUGUUAACUUUGUGGCUGUGGACGCUGCUAGCUUUGUGGACACGCUGUACUCGUGGUCGGCCUUCAACACGGAUGAAAUUGGCAAGCACCUGGCACGAGGUCUGGUGAAGCUGCUUGAUGUCGUGGACGUUAGUAAAAUCCAUUUGAUUGGCCACAGUCUUGGAGCGCAUAUUGUGGGUGCAGCUGGUCGCUAUCUGCAGCAGAUGGCGAACAAAACGGUGCCCAGAAUAACGGGUCUGGAUCCCGCCAAGCCGUGCUUCAAUGAGGGCGAAUCGCUGUCCGGAUUGCUGCGCGGCGAUGCGACAUUCGUCGAUGUGAUACACAGUAAUCCGGGUGUGCUGGGCAAGAGUGAUCCCAUCGGCGAUGCGGACUUUUAUCCCGGUGGCUUGAGCUCUUUGCCCAACGGCUGCCUGACUGUGACCUGUGCGCAUUCACGUGCCUGGGAAUACUUUGAGGAAUCGAUUUAUCCCGGCAACGAGGACAACUUUCUCUCCGUGCGCUGCAGUUCGCUAAGCGGACUGCGCAAGAAUCUCUGCGUUGGCCGCAAUUAUCCUAUGGGAUUUGCAGCGCCGACGGAUCUCAAGGGCAACUACUUUCUGGAGAUCAAUGGCAACAAACCCUAUGGCAAAAGAUCGACGCCAACUCGUGCCGCGCGCCUCGAGAGAUGCGGCCUCUGCCCUUGAGAAUGGGAACGAGGGAAUUUCCAAUUCAGUAGAUGUAGAACUCACCUGAUUUUGUAAUUUGCUUGCAAAUGAGAAGCGCUUUGAAAGUGUUUUGCUAAAUUACCAUUGCAGAAAGGUUAAAGUAUCAAGAACAAUUUAAAGCAAGCUUUGAAAAGCGCACAAAAAAGUGUGAGAAAAAUAUGCAAAUUUAUUAUUAAAAUACUUAAAUAUUAAUACAUAUAUAAGAAAUAAAGUUAUCUAAUGAGAUGUGUCGGAACUGAUGCUAAGCAUUAUCUCCCGAGAUGUUUCCUUACAAAUAUUACCA